UAUAGAAUAGAUAGUCAGUGCACCUCCUCGCGCCCCACCGGCCGCUGGUCGUCUCGAGCGCUGCUGAAGAAGACAGUGAAGUACCAGAGGAGCGCGAGAGCACCACGAGCCAGAUCAGGUCUUCUUCUUCUAUUUCUUCUUCAUUUAGUUUCUGGAGUAUCAGAGACAAAGUCCAGCAGCUUCUUCUUUUUUAUCAGCAAGGUGAGGAAGAGGAGGAGGAGGAGAGGAAGAGGAGACAGACAGACAGCAGUAUAUUGGCGCAUUGGAGCUUAUGGAUUAUUGAGAAGUGGAGAACGAAACGCGGAUGAAAUAUUCAUAAGGACUUUUUAAAGAGGAAAACACAGAGUGGGAUAGUGCAGAGAUUCCCUGCAGUGAUUCACCUGCCGCUCCUGCGCUCCCAGAGACCCAGUGUGUGCAGUGUGUGUGUGUGUGUGUGUGUGAGUGUGUGUGUGUGUGUUUGGAAAGGAGCCCCCCUGCUGCAGUACUUGUCUGCUGCUGCUGGUAUACAGGGAUGCCACCGACUUGCUGACGGACACCCGGUAUCCGCACCCUCCCCUCCUCCUCCUCCCCUCCCGGACGGACGGACGCACCGACCCCCUGCGCUCCCCACUAAUAUGCAAUGGUUUUUUGUGAAGAAGCCGACAGUUGCCGCGUACCGCCGACUUCACGCUAGCGCCGCCGCAUGCCUGUCCGCCGCUGCCGCUCCUCUCCCUGCGCCGCGCGGCAAACGACGCAAUUUGAAGAGGAGCGCUCCGGGGCUUUUGACGCCGCGGCGGCCGGGCGGCAGCAGCGACUUAUCCCCCGCCGCUGAGGACCACCGGCCGCUGGGGGAAGACACCGAGGAGAAAAACGCUGCAGCGGUUGCUCUCUUCCUCGACAUCGACGCGGAAUACGCGCUGGUCUCUGGACUCUUGGAGGAACCGGGCGAGGAACCGGGCGAGGAACCGGGCGAGGAACCGGGUGACGAGCCGGGCUUCCUGCUCCUCUUCUUGUCUAUGGUGCAGAUCGGGGGGUCGAAGCACCGCCGAACUGAACCCAACAGCUGGCCGGCUCUGCUGGCAUGCAAACAGGGGGGCGGAUCAGCCCCCAUGCGGUGGGUGAAUUUUAGGCUGCCGCAUCCGGAGCGCCUCUCGUUCCCUACCUCCUCCUCCUCCUCCUCCUCCUCCUCCUCCUCCUCCUCCUCCUCCUCCUCCUCCUCCUCCUCCUCCUCCUCCUCCUCCCCCGUCUCGGCCAAAUCCAUGCGGUUUAUUUGGAACAACAUUUUCAGCAAAGGAUCGCAUAUGCUGCAGUGUCUUUGUGGCAGGAGCCUCAAGAAAAACAAGAACCCAACUGAACCACAGCUGAAGGGCAUAGUGACCAGGUUGUUCUGCAGGCAGGGCUUCUAUCUACAGAUGGGCCAGGAUGGAAGUAUGGAUGGGACCAAAGACGACAGCACCAACACCUCUCUGUUUAACUUAAUUCCUGUGGGUCUGAGAGUCGUGGCCAUCCAAUCAGUGAAGACCAGCCUCUACAUCGCCAUGAACGGAGAGGGUCACCUAUACUCAUCGGAACUGUUUACAGCGGAGUGUAAGUUUAAGGAGUCGGUGUUUGAGAACUACUACGUGAUCUACAGCUCGAUGCUCUACAGACAGAAGGAGUCGGGCCGGGCCUGGUUCCUGGGCCUCAAUAAAGAGGGGCAGGCCAUGAAGGGCAACAGGGUGAAGAAGACCAAACCAGCAGCACACUUUCUGCCUAAACCUAUAGAAGUUGCGAUGUAUCGAGAGCCUUCGUUGCACGACGUAGGGGAGGCGGUGCCUAAAGUCGCCGGGGCCCCGUCUUCCAAAACUACAACCAGCGAACCUGUGGUCAUGAACGGCGGCAAACCAGUCAACAAACCAGACAAGACAUAACCCCGCCUCCCCCCUUUUAUCCCCCCCUGGCCAACCAGAGGCCAGGACAAGCCAGACUCGCCCCACUGCUGCGCUCUCACUAAAAACUGCAAGGAAAGGUAACCAAACCAUCAACUUCUGACUGGUCAGCAGUGGGGCCGCUCGUCGCGUCACGUCUCGAUGUAGGACGGAUCCGCUACAACUCGCUUCGACUGGUGGCGGGGGAAAAGGGAGGAGGAAGACCAUAAUAUCUGGCCAAUGCCCGCCAGAUAUUUGGGAACUGGUUCAGUGGCAUGCCCUCAUACGUGAGACAAAAUGACUUCUUAAAGAUAUAAACAAAAAACGAGAAAAAAAUGUCUUCUUCACCGGUAUUUUUCUGUGACAAUCUGUGGCCCCAAUGAGGCCCCUUUCUUUCCUCUCCUGAUACUGUUUCUGUUGCCAGGUAUGCUUGCUUGCCGGUGGCCACGCACACACACACUUGCACACGACUCCCACCCGAAAUCGACCACUUGGAUUCGAUUUUGCGUAAAUAAAAAACAGAUUAAAAAAACAAACAACGGGCAAAAAGAACACUUUAAAUACCAACCAGAUGAUUCAGAGGAUGCUUAGUCAUCGAUCAAUUAAGACAGGACAUUCUGUACCGAGUCUAUAAUGAAAUGUUCUUUAAAUCGCCCUGUGCAUUAAAAACAAGGCAACACACACUAUGACCUGCUUUAAUCACAUAUCUGUUAAGAAAAGAGAGUUCUUAUUUGACACUACAUAGCUUAAAGCAUGUUUUCCUUUAUUAUCUAUCUGUUAGAUGGUUCAUUAUUCUGCACACACAGUGAAUAUUGAGCUGCGUCGUUGUACGGACACAAAACAGAUAUUUUGUGUCUACCUCUCCGUCUAACAAGUUGUUUUCUGUCCCUUUUUUACGAAUGUUAUGAUUUCCUCAUCACUUGGUAGCUCAGGAGAGGAGGAGAUCUGCUUGUUAGUGUAGCUGAGUGAUGAAACCCGAAUGAUGUCCCUGUUUGUAGCAACACAAAGUACAGGAGGCAUGCUGGCGUCCACGCAGCAUGGUAGCAGUCACUGUUUACACGGAGUAGCAGAAACUUCGAGAAGUAGUACUUUUUCUUUCUGUUGCCUCCCAAGUACUUGAAGAUAUGAGGAAAAUAUAGUAAUGAGGGUUAUAAUGAACAGGGUAAAUUAUGUUGAAGCCACUAUGUGUGGAAUGUACCACCCAGUGGUUUAAAAACAGGCACUGUGGUAAUGCAAUGCACGCCUUUACCCCUCCCCGUAGCAGAGGAUCAGAGGAAUUAAUAACUAUAGCUGUCAAACAAAUGAAGAGGAAUAUUUAUUAUAAAUAUCAAUAUUUUUCUCUGAUAUAUAGUAGAAUAGAAGAAAAUGAAAAUACUAAAGUAAAGCACCUCAAAAUUGUACUUAAGUACAGUGAAAAUACAAUAUGUGGUUAUAUUCCACCACUGGUCCUGUGUCAAUAUGUAAAGUAGUCUAUCAAUUCAAGUAAAAACAAGUAUUAGAAAGUUGGUUUCUGUAUAACCACCCGAAAACAAAUAGCACACUUUGGUCACAGCGAUAAAAUGAAACCACUGAAACAAGGCUUUGUCUGAAACGUUUAGAUCUACAGGGCUGGAAAUCAAAUGCCUUGGAGAGAAAUAAAAACCAAAUAGCUCCCCAUGCUUAGCCCUCUCACUGUGACAGUCAACACGGCACCAAUCUGUUCCGGACUGCUCUACAAACGUUCGGUUUACUCGUCAAAGACUAGACGCCAAUUAACUACACCGGUAGUCCGUCAUAUCACUGAGGGGACGUUAAUGCUGUGAUCCCACACUUCAUAUUAGUGUCGGAGACAAUGAGGCAGCAGCAAAUUAAUGUACUCAGUAAGAAACAGAAACCGUGCAAUCUCUCUUGCUUUGAAUGUUAAUUUUAAGGCCAAGUCUCUGCUUUGCAUUUCGAUCAGAUCCUUGAAACACUUGUCGUAUUUGCUGGAGAUAAAUGACCUCCCAAAACUACAAAGAAACAACACAAAGCGUCCCGCCCUCGAAAAAACAACGACUAAUCCUCACAGUUGUUCCAACAUUAAGCGUCAGGUGUGUAGCAGGUAAAACACAAACCUCUCCAAAGUGUUCAAUGUUGUCCCGCUGUGUUGUACUGUACGGAGAAUGCACUCUUGAAAAAUACAAGACAUCUCAGUGUCUCUAAUUGGCAUUUCUCAGAAAUGUUCCUCACACAUUUUUCUCUCCUCUGAGCUCAUUAGCUGCCGCUCGCCUUGGUGUUCGAACACGUGUGGCUGACCAAUUUACACUCUGUGAACUCUGCUUAUUUGUGUCCUUCCGUAACUACUGUUGUGAAAGGAAAAUAUUUGUGGAUAAGGGGAAAAUGGAAUUGAAAUAUGUGUGCAAAAAAGAGAGAUAAGAAUCUUAUGUGAAAGCACGAAAUGUAUCUGAAAGUAUUAUUUUUCGCUGGACUGUGUAGAUUCAAUGGGAGUGCCUCUCAUCCCCAGUUUAGCUCAAGAUGUGAGAUCUGAAUGCUAAAUAUUUAUCCAGCAGGGUUUAGCAAGCAUUUCCAAAUUCUCAAAGUCGCUCGACUUCGGCUCUGUCCCUGUUAAAUGUUACUUAAAGUGCAACGUGGGGCCGUGGUGAUGAGUAAGAAGUCCUUUUUGACCGGUGUUGUACUUGUCUAGCGUCAAAGAAAUGUGGAUGUAACAUAAUAUUGCUGUGUCACACUUGGGGUUACUAGCAAAACUGUAAAAAAAAAAAAAGACAAAAACCCUGACAAUCAGGUCUGUAAACGUCCUUCUUUUUUUACGUAUCCUGUGUUGUCGCAGCUGCCUGUGUCUAAAAAGUCACUUUAAUUACAGUCUAUAGAGUACAAUGAUUUUGCCUGGCCAGACAUUUAGGAGAUACAAUCGAGACUCUGCUAUUCAUCGAAUAUUAUUAAGCAGCUAAUUUGUCCACACUGCUGGCAGGGGGAAAAUGGUCCUGCAUUCAGAGAGGCCCAGCUUGUUAAGUUAGAAGUGUGGCUCACAUCCUGUGAAAGCAGCUAUUGAAGAUCUGUGGCACAUGCUCAAGAAUGAAUGAUGGUUGAGGAUGGAGAAAAAGGGACAUGGUUUCCUGGCUACUGAACAAAGACACCGCUUCAAUAGUGUUUCCAGGCUGGUAAUCACAGUUAUUGGUUCAAACAACGAAGGCCCAAUUACUCUCAGCGUCUCCUCCGAGAUUUCUCUCCACUGGUGGUUAGCCAGGUACCAAGGCUACAAUUAUGAGAUAUCUAACGGCGGGCUGUGCACAUGAAGAGGGCUGAUUUAAUUAGAAGUGAGCAAUCACGACAACCCAGGUCACUUUUAAUUUCCACAUGCAAGUACCACUCAUGUUCUCGUGGCAGGUACACAUGUAGCCAUCUCACUUUGUCCUGUAGCUCUGAAACCAGAAGGCACAACAUGGACAUAAUAGGACGGGAAAAUGCUUGUGACCUGACCACUGCAGUACAGGUGCACUUUAGAGACGUAGUGAUCAGCACUGUACCCAGGAUGUAGCUGGCCUCCCUCAGGUUUCCUUUCUUUUUUCCAUUCCACUUUAUUCCUCUGACAAAAGACUGCCUUAUUACAACUGAAUCUGAAACGAGACAGUUACCAAGCUCUCCUCCCAGCUGUUUCUUUCUCUGAGCGCACACACACACACACACACACACACACACACACACACACACACACACACACACACACACACACACACACACACACACACACACACACACACACACACACUAUUCAUCCUUUUUUUACAUUUCAAUUAUCCUUUGAUCCCCAAUCUUCUGUUCACUGUAACUAUGCUAGCUUUCACUCAUGCAGCCAGAGAGCUUAUUCCCACCUCCUCCUUUCUCCUCUCUGUUUGGACUGUUUCCCACUUGUUGCAUGGUUUUUAAAAGAGGAAAGAUGACUGGGGCUAAUGCAUGUGGUAAUGUAGGAAAUGUGUUCAAAACAAAACAAACAUUUACAGCGGAGCACCAGUACAACUUUGCAUCUGGCUCAUUUCUCACAUUGGUUUGCAUUGGUAGACAUGUGUGGCAUCACAAACAUCUAACAUACAGUAAUCCAUCAUUGCAUUAAUGGAGCAAAGGAAGAAUGAAUCAAAAUUACUUCAUAUCUCUAAUACAGUUACACUAAUGCAUGUCUUGCGUGGUAAACUUUUAGCAGAGCAUCCCUAUUUAAUUCAUCUGGCUGAGAGGAAAAUUAUAUUAUAAUAUAUAGAUAACAAAAAACCAGAAGAAGUAAUUGUUUGAUAUCCUUUCUGCUUCUUUUAACAAUGAUGGAUUGAGUUUAUGAAGUUAUUUGAGAUGCUGACACGUGGAAACAGAUGGCGGUUCUCUGAUUAAGGACCAUUAUCAAAUCUUAAAACAUACCACAUGGUACGCCAUCUUCUAGUGACAUUUAAGGUGGAAAGAAAUGGUGUCACACAUGUGUAAAGUGACAAAUCAUCCAACAGACGUUUCAAUAUUAAAGUGAAAAGCAAAAUGGCGGAGGUUUCUUUAUUCGUGUUCAUGCUGCUGUGGGGUUUGUCCAGGUUUUAUCCGCAGUAUGUGUUCCUGAAACAGGGCUAAUGGAAGUUAGUGCACAUAUAAUUGCAGGUUCAGUUUUACAGUGAAGCUGGGAUUAAUUACAAUACGGAGAACCAAGACGUACAACAACCCGCUGUGAUGCAAACCAUGCUAGCUAUGAGCCAAAAGCAAAAUGUCACUGGCGCUAACCUAAAAGGAGAUUACUCUGUCUGUCGGUAAAUGUACAGUUACCUUUACAUACAUAUUAUGCAAACAGUUUGUCUGCACUGUACAGUUUGUGUCCAAUCCAUUGUAUACACACAGAAAACAAUAUUGAAUAAAGGAUUUAUAUAAA